GGUAUUAAUAUUUGUGACACAUGUAUAUCGUCUUAUCAAGAACCUCCAAGAUCAUUGCUACUAUUAAUUUAGACACAAACUGUGAGUUGGAUCGUGUAUAAUAAGUCUUCAUAACCAUCACUUCUUCAAGGUUCAAACUCGUCUUGACAUCCAUACAAUAUCUCUCCUUAAUAAAUGCCAGCUUAGCCACAGCUACUCCAUCCACAUCGAUUGACUGCUCUUUGACAUCAGAAUCACCAAACCCUUCUACAAAAAAAAGCGAAAUCCCUCUUCAAAACAACAAUAAGAGUAGAUAGAUACUCGACAUGGACGAUGAGAUUACGCCUGUGGGCGAUACACAAAGAAUGCCAAAAGUCUAUGAAUCGGUGACUCCACAUCUUGCACGUCUACUUCUCGAACAAAAGUUGCUGUCUGUUGAUGGCAAAACCGUUACAGUUGAUGAGUUUUCCUCUGCAGUAGAGAAAGCGACAUCAAACAUCAAUAGCAAGAAAAUUUUUCUUCAACUCCAACUACUUCGACCAGACUUUGUUCAAUUUCUUAUGGAUCGGGAAGUUUGGGAAACCUUUUGUGGAACUCCAGUCCAGACAGACAAUCCAAACUACAGGCCCUUUCCAAGAAAAGAUCCUCGAAUCGAUAAUCCUCUUCCUCGAUACUUUAGCCCUAGCACCCUCACGGCUGAUGACUAUGGUCUCAUAAAUCGCGACAAAUUGCACCCUGAUUGUCCGAACUGUACCUGUGGCACUAUUCCCAGAGGUUUCCCCGAGAACCAACGUCUUUACGAAGAUGGAGGUGUUCGGAUGACUACACCCACAGAGGAAUAUGCUGCUUAUCAGGCAGAAUUUGAUGGUUUUCAUGAGAGGCUUGAAGCUGAGUCUAGAAGACUAGGCUUUCAAGACUCAGAUGAGCGGUGGGAGAAAGAGUGUGAGCUUCAACAGGCUGAGGAAGCUGAAAGAAUCAGAAAAGAGGAUGAGCAAAAGAGAAAAGCUGAUCUAGAGGCGAUGAAGAUUGACGAGGUGGAGAUAAUAGAUAAUCCAGAAGAGUCAGAGGAGCCAAAGACAAAGACUAAGUCGAAAAUCACGACAAAGAAGACGAAGGUGAAGAGUGGGAAGAAGCUUUGUUCUAGGUGUUCUUGCAUGUAGCAAAAAGGUACAGAUAGCUACUGCAUGGUAGAACUAAGAUGUUGCAAUUCUAGCACUAUCAUGCAGCGGGACACAUGGAAGCACA